AGCCGGACUGGCCCCCCGCAGGAGUCCGGAGAGGUGGCGCCGCCGCUCUAGCCCGUCGUCGUCCCUGCCUCGCUGGCCUUCCUGGGGCGGCUGCCGCUGCUUCCACCCCCCCGCACAGACUGCUCUAUCGAGUCCCGUCUCUAUGGCCACGCUCGCCCGGCCUUUUCCGAGCCGGGGCGGGGGGGGGGGGCGUGCAGUGAGUGACGAUGCUCUCCCCUUAGGAACGCGGCUCCAGCCCUGCCGGCGGCAGCAGCAGCAGCAACGCGCUCCGCUCGCUUGCUGGGUGGGAAGGGUGGCUGGCGGCGCUUGCCUGCCUUUGGGGCUCCCUGGAGAGCACUCCGGCCGUGACCCGGAUUGCGGCUGCUUGCGCUGGGAGGAUGAUGGUUUGCUGCUCUGCCUGACUCUGGCUUUUCUCCCUGAAGUUCUGCUGCCUGCCUGCCUGCCUGCCUGCCGCCCAGGUAGCCCGCUGGGGAGGAGACCUCUGCAGAGAUGGCCCUGCUGAAGAGUGGCUGGCUCUGGAGGCAGAGCUCCAUCCUCCGACGCUGGAAACGGAACUGGUUUGUGCUGUGGGUGGACGGCAGUCUCGUCUACUACCACGAUGACACAGGGCGUGACAUGGAUGGUCGGAUCAACAUCAAGUUCAACUGCAGGGACGUCAGGACAGGGCGUGAAUGCCGAGACAUUCAGCCUCCUGAAGGGAAAACCCGUGAGUGCUUGAUGUGCAUCGUCCAGAGAGACGGCUCCAAAACCAUGCUCUGUGCCGAGAGCGAGGAUGAUGCUGUAGCUUGGAAGAUGGCAAUUCUGGAGGCAAAGGCGACCCAGGUUCACAUGUAUGACCCUUACGACGACUACUAUCAGACGGUGCCCCUGGACUCCCACCAGGCCAUGUACAUCAGUUCCGACUACUACGGCAACCAGUAUGGAGCACCUGGGAUGACCCACGUCAUUUUCCGUGAAGACCCGUACCGUGUGUCUGGAGACCAAAUGGCCUUGGGCCUGUUGGCAGGAGCCGCCUCUGGAGCUGCACUGGGGUCCUUCAUGUGGAUGCCCUGCUGGUUCUGAGACUCGCCCUGCGGCAACCUGCACCCAAGCCCAGCUGCUCAACUAGAGCCUCCGUCCUUUCCCGGGAGAGCUGAAGGGGACCUGCUCUGUAUCGUAGACUCUUGUACUGUUCCCUUCUGCACACUCCCAGAGCCCCUCCCUGGCCAUUCUUGCCCUUCCCUUGGCCUCUCCUGACUAGAUGUAUUUACAGCAUAAAACUGGUCUUUGUGGGCUCUUGAGGAGAGUGGUCAGUUUCAGUCUCCAGCCACACAGAACAGAGCCGGGCACCCCUUUCCCCCCAGCCCUGUUCUGCAAAUGGACUGAGAGACGACAGGGGCUGGGAAAGCUUUAUUCCAUCCAGCCUCUUCCGCUCCCACUCCUACAUCGAAACCUUCCCUCCCACCCCUGGAACCUGUUCCAAGGAACUGCAGGACUCGGCCGCGUUAGGUUGACUUAGGCCUCGUGAUCGCUGGCCCCUGUGCUCUGGCUUUGUCUACCUAAUUUGCUCACAGGAUCUCCUGUUCUGUCUGUGUGUGGUUCUGGUAGUGGUAAUCUGCAGUCUACCCAUUAGGCUGGCUUUAGCUUUAGCUUUGGCAUUCUCUGAACAACUUAAGCCACGUAUCUUUUUUCUAUAUCGGAGUUUAUCCACAUCUGUGAUGUAGAGUAUAAAUAUUCCAUCUUGCAGCACAUGGAAAACUACCAGGCAUAGAAAGUGGUUCCUUCCAUUGGGCUUAAUUUUCUGGCUGAAAUUGUGGAAGACUGUUCAACUUGUUCAGAAUUCUUCCUUUGGAUGGGUUGGGUGGGAGUUCUGUGAAGUCUGGAAACUUGCACUAUCUGACCAAUAGGACCAGCCUUAGCAGAUUCACUGCCCAAGGAUGUGCUGCUCAAAGUGAUGGGCUUUUCUAGAAUGGUUGUUCUAAGCAGUGGUUCUCAGUCCCAAAUGUUGUUGGAGUGCAGUUCUUAUCAUCCCCAGGCACAAUGGCUGAAGGAUCCUCAGAUGUUGUAGUCCAACAACAUCUGAUCUGGGGACCCAAAAUUGGAAGCCCCUGCUUAGACCAGAGCUUCUGAACUCUCAGGAACCAUUCUGCCCUCCAGACAUACGGACAUUUUAAACCAAGGGUCUCUCUAGAAAUUGUUCUUGAUGUCUGUGAAUUGUAAUUACAGAUUACUGCCCUGACUCUCUGAAGUCUUUAUACCACUGACAGCCCCAUCCUGUGCACCAUUUUAUGGGGCCAACAGGUGAGCUUGUAUGCGUGGUUUACUUCAUUAUAUAGUAUUACAUUUAAGAACUAACCUGUAGCAAACAGCAUUAAUUUUGCCGAUUUAACAACACUGUGGGAUUCUAGACAUGCAGACGUUCUAUAGAAAUUGGACUGGAUUCAGGCCAUACCUAGUAGGCUGAGGUUCACAUCUUUUCCACAUAAUCUAUUACCUGCUUUGACUGUGGACUGGUCUGGCUAUUCUAUUACUGUAUGCCCAUCAACAGAAAUUGAAUUAAUGUAGAACUCUGAUGGGGAAGCACUCCUUUCCAGCAGACAGACACACCUGGGUUGAGCACAUUAAGCUUCCUUGUACUGAGGAAGGCCAUUAGUCAGGUUAUCCCAUAAUUUUUUGCUUUGACUGAUAGUGGUUCUCCAGGGUCUCACUCGUGGAUAUUUCCAUCACUUGCUAGCUGACACUCUUUUUGGAGCUGCUAGGGGCUGAACCUGCAACCUGCAAAGCUAUUCAUCAAUGGCUCCUUUCUCUGGUCUAGAUUUAUAUAUUUCGCAAUGCAAACAGUCCCCUCUUGAUGUCAGGCUCCAUAAUAAAGCUGCUGCCUCCUAGCAGUUAAGGUUUCACCAUUCUGGGGCAAGGCAUUCUAUUUACAAUUCAUAAAGAGAGGGGUACCAUUGAAGGGUGGAGGAUUUCUGUCCCAUGCAACUUGAAAACAUUUACCUUUUCCUUACAAGUGAAAUAGUGGACAAACCUUUUGUUACAUCUUGACUCCAAUUCGAUAGGGCAGCCAGAGCUAAAUUGCUUUGAGGGCCUACAGGUGGCCAUUGUCACCACAUUAGGGAAUCCGUCUUUAAAGACUGAAUGGUGAAUUAUGGGUUGCCAAGUACCAUUUUAAUCAGUGACAAACCAAAGCGUCGGACCCUUAUCCUGAGAGUGUGGCUUCUCUGCACUGUCUGUUUCAUAGCAAAAAUGAUGCUGAUUUGGUGACAUGCAUAGCUGUAUCUGGUGGGCAUGUAACACAAUCUGUUUGAUUGUUUUGCUGCAGACCCUUGAAGCUAAUGAAGCACCUGUAGAGGGUGCUAGAGCUUGCUAAACUCUCAAGUGAAUAGUAGCUAGUCCCCAGCACGCACUGUCCUUUCAUCUCUUCUGGGUCUGCAGAGGAAUGGCUCACCUACAAACACUGUUCCUUUUGGAGGCAGAAAUUCGCAGGGCAGGAGGAGUGAGCAACAGCAGCAGGGAGAGUAUUUUAAAAGGGAUCCCUGGGCCAAGAGAGGGAUGUUUCUCUGCUCUCGGAGGUGAGUAAGCGCCUGCCUUGUUCUUGUAAUACAGUUCUGUCAUUAUGAUUGGAGCCUGCACUACUGUGAACUAUUGCCCAUCUGGUUUGCAAGGAGCACCUGUGUGGCUCUAAACUUGGAGGCUAGAUUGCUAGAAAACUCAACCAAAUUGGUCAACCAGUCUGGUCACUCACUUCGCAAUCUGCCCCUUGCCUCUUCAUUUAUUAUUUAUUUAUUUAUGAUGGUUAUUUAUAACCGCCUGGCUCCAAAGGCUCUGGGCAGUCCACAAAAAUAAAUACAGUAGAAUAAAACCAACUAUUAAACACCAAUUAAAAAGUUUAAAAUGUAUAAUGGUAUAUACAUUCUAAAAUCUAGAACUGUAUAUGCAUCAGAUGGAGCCUCCACCCUGCUCUGGGGCAGAAUUCUCUGUGCUGUCAGUCCCCUCUCAAUUAGCUAGCAAAAUCCAAGCCACACUUUAAAUUGGGCAUCAAGCUCGAAAAGCGGGGGGAAAUCCUGCAACUUGGAUUCUGGCAUCCAAGAAUUGCAAAUAAUUUCCCAGCCUUGUCAGGCAGAUAGCACCAGAGUACUCAGGCAACUAAUGGAUGCUGAGACAUAACCACCUUUUCUUCUUGAUAAGGUUCCCUUACAUUCAGCAACUGCAUUAUAGGUAGAAAUAUCAGUUAUCUACUCAGACAUGGAGCUUAGUUAUAGGCAAGCUAGCAGCAUAGCUGGCAGGUGAGAAAAUAAAACAGUGCGGACAAAAGGCCGAAGCAGGACGUAAGGUGGGGAAUUAUGUGACCAAACCCUCUCCAUGCCUACUAGCACACACAUCCCUCUCUUUCGGGGGCAGUUUUCUUAUUUAUUAGAUUUUUAAAUGCAUGGACCAGUUACCCUCAAGACUCCCCAGAGCAAUGUACAAAAUUGAGAACUAUAACCCUAAGGUUGGUUGUAGCACUGUGGUUAUAACAGCACAAACAGGAGGGAGAGGGCAGUUCACUGUCCCACAACCUCUGCCCACUUGCAGAUUCAGCAGAAGCUAGAGUGCUCUUCCAGACCAUGAUUUAUUCUAACUUCAGCACAAAUUCUGAUGGGAGAUGCAACACACCAUCCAUAUGACAUUCAAAUACGUUGCAUUAGCACCAUCUGCUGCUAAUCCAUGAAAAAAGUUGUCUUUUCAAUACUACUAUUAUUCUAACUGGAAAAAGACAGGGCUGUUUCACAGAUAGGCAGCGGGUGGCUCUAAGAACCUUUGCGACUCACAUGACCGUCACGUGGUUUGUUGGGUUUCAUGUUGGAAUUUGCACUGGUGUUCGAAUAAACUACAGGCCAGAAGAGCCCUUAAAUCACCUCGCCAGUACCAAGGCUGAUCAAUGCCAGAAGACAGAGAAAAAGGACAUUUGCAAGUCUCACUUGUGCUUCUGCUUUACCCUCCCCUCUGGGAGGAGGGAGUGUGUGUGUGUGUGUGUGUGUGUGUGUGUGUGUGUGUGUGUGUGUGUGCGUGCACACUCCCUCCCAUCACGACCAACCAUAUGGAUUCUGACCAGCCAAGUGCUGAAGUUGUUUCCAGUUAGCUUGAGGAUGUUUCCACACUCUGGGGCAGAACUACGGUAUGUGUUCUGGGAUUCUUUCUCCAGGCUUCUUAAACACAGACAAAGUGUAGCUGCUGAAGCAGCAGUUUGACGUGGAAGGCCAAUGGGUUGGGCAGGGGCUUUCCCCUCGUGCAGUUUUUUGGCUGAAAAUCAACCUCUUCCUCCUCUCUGCAACUGCUUUUAGCCCUUGGGAGGUGUGAGGAUGUAGAUUCUCCUGUCACCGUGCUUCAAAGUGUGCACCCAGUGGCUGUACUGUAUUUUUUAAAAGGCAAAAAAUAAAAUCCUCUAAAAACGUGGCUUAGCAGUGUCAGCUUGGGCUCUGCCCUGUUAGCUAAAUGGGUUUAAGGUAUUUUUGUAUUCUGGCGGGACAGCAGAGGACAUGCAGGCUAUGCAUUUUCUAAAAGGGGAAACUGCCCACAUUACAUGUUUAGAUGCGGCCACGUCGUGUAUGUACUGUGCACUGCAACUGGGCAUCCAGAUAUCUCUGUCACUGAGCGGAUGGCUGCCUGUGCUAGCUGAUCAGCUGAUGAACUGGAGAAGAAUCGCUUCAGACCUGCAGGAUGUCACUUGGCCGCUGUAGGUUCAAGCUGAACGGAGCACGGGAGUUGCUCCCUCCUUUGGUACCUGCAGCACAAACGAGGGUCUUGCUUUGGUUCGCUGCUUUCACUGCAUUUCCGUUUCAGGGUUUUGUGUGUCGAUUUGCAGAGUUUAGUUCUGUCGAUGUUGUUAUUUAAAGCACUAAUAACUAUGUAUAUUUUGGAAGAAAAAAAUGCUAUUUAAGAAUAAUAAAAGUUGCUCUUCACUGCA